ACAGUAAAGUUGUGGGCUGCGGUUGGAUGGGGCCAGAAACCCAAGCCAAAAAAUGAAAAAAUAAAAAAAAAUCUAGAAAAAAUAAAAUUGUGCACUUUUAAUUUUAAAAUUAAAAAUCCUAAUCUUGUUGAAUUUAGCCUUGAGAAUGUGCAUAAUUAAUUUGGAGAGGCUGUCCCAGGUGCAUGCAGGUCUCCAUGCAUGACAGAACUCAUGCACUCCUUCAUAACAAACACACUUGGACACAGUGAACAGUGGGAAUCAUAUGCAUGUGUCUGUACGUCUUACUGUUUCUUUUCUUUUUUUGUGUGUGAGCAGACUGGGUUGGAGGGUGUGGUGGUGGGGAAUCAAACGGCUGUUGAUAUGCUAAUGAGGCCCUGUGCCAGUGUUAUUACAGAGCUGCACCAACCCUUUUACUUCCACCAUUAGAGGGAGACCUCAGAGCGCAAGACAGAUAGACAGCCAGUGCAGGCAGUGCAGGCAGUCCACAGCUUCAAUAAAAGUAGUUUUUUCUGAGCGGGGAGCACAAUUCACUGACUGAAAACAAGACCAUAAGGCAAAGGCAACACUCAAUACCCGCCUCAACAACCCAUGAAAAUGCUCUGGAAAUUAACAGAUAACAUUAAAUACGAAGACUGCGAGGACCGUCACGAUGGCACCAGCAAUGGGACAGCCAGGCUACCUCAGCUGGGCGGCGUGGGUCAGAGUCCAUACACGAGCGCUCCUCCGCUCUCCCACACGCCGAACUCGGACUUCCAGCCUCCGUACUUCCCCCCGCCCUACCAGCCCAUCUACCCGCAGUCUCAGGACCCUUACUCUCACGUCAACGACCCGUACUCUCUCAACUCCCUGCACGCCCAGCCACAGCCGCAGCACCCGAGCUGGCCCGGCCAGAGGCAGAGUCAGGAGAGCGGCCUGCUGCACCAGCACCGCAGCCUCCCGCACCAGCUGUGCCGGGAGUACCGCAGGGAAGUGCUGCUGCCGUCCGGCCACGGCUUAGAUACCGGACUGUCGGACUCUAUCCCUAUCCAUGGAAUACCUCACUCUUUAGAUGACGUUCAGUCUGUUGAUGAUCAAGGAAUUCACAUCCCCGACCAGACUGUAAUUAAGAAAGGUCCAGUGUCUUUAUCCAAGAACAAUAAUGUUUCCUCCAUCCCCGUAAAUAAGGACGGUCUGUUCGGUGGGGUGGUAAACCCCAAUGAGGUGUUCUGCUCAGUACCGGGUCGCCUUUCCCUGCUCAGCUCCACAUCAAAGUACAAGGUCACGGUGGCCGAGGUGCAGAGACGCCUCUCACCGCCCGAGUGCCUCAACGCCUCACUGCUGGGCGGGGUACUGAGAAGGGCCAAGUCUAAGAACGGAGGAAGAUCCUUAAGGGAGAAGCUGGAUAAAAUCGGCUUGAACCUACCUGCGGGCAGACGCAAGGCAGCCAACGUCACCUUGUUGACGUCACUCGUGGAGGGCGAAGCGGUGCAUCUUGCCAGGGAUUUUGGUUAUGUAUGCGAGACAGAGUUUCCAGCCAAGGCAGUAGCUGAAUAUGUAAACCGUCAGCAUUCCGACCCAAACGAACAAGUCCAAAGAAAAAACAUGCUAUUGGCCACAAAGCAAGUGUGCAAAGAGUUCACAGACCUGCUGUCCCAGGACCGCUCACCGCUGGGAAACUCACGGCCGCAGCCCAUUCUUGAACCGGGAAUCCAGAGCUGCUUGACCCAUUUCAGUCUAAUCUCACACGGUUUUGGGACCCCGGCCUUGUGCGCGGCUGUUACGGCCCUGCAGAACUAUCUGACCGAGGCUAUCAAAGCCAUGGACAAAAUGUACCUCAACAACAACCCAAACAGUCACUCAGAUAACGGCACUAAAGGCGGAGACAAAGACGAAAAACACAGAAAGUGAUGUAUCAUUCCGCUUCCGCUGAGGGCCAAAGCCCAGGGUCCCUGCUUGCACACACCCGAGGGCCCCGCCCAUCCAAUAUAAAUAUUAUAAAUACCCUAUAAAUACUAUUGAUAAAGUAAAUUGUGCCACUUCCUGAAACUUGCGUAAUUUUCCAUGUUUUUCUUUUUACACCCCACAUUGGAUUCAAGAGGAAAUUACGCAAGUGUUUUCUUCUACUUCUUUUCCUUCGUCAUCACCAUCUUCCAACACCUGAACCACACGAAAUGUUAUUUUAAAAAAAAUAGAGAAAAAGAAAAAAAGAAAAACAGGCUGCAGAGGAUGAGCUCCAGGGCAAGGAGAAGGAGAAGGAGUGAGAAGGCCCACUGCCUCAGCCACAGGACUUUUUAUGUACUCCUCUCCUUUUUUAUGAGCUGCAGCGAAUGGACUGAAAUCCAGCGAACCCCCCAACCUAUAUCUCCAUUUUACGAUUGUGAACAAAAUCGAAGCUAAAAGAGGAUGAAUUCUUAUCAGUAUUGUGAAUAAUAAACUUGAAAACAAAGAGAAAUUCCACAGAGCUCCCUGUCAUGACUUCAGUUGUAGACUCUCUCUCACUCUCUCUCUCUCCAACGACCAACUUGAACUUUUUUGAAUUUCAACACGAUUCGCGGUUAUAUAAGGGAAUCAGUGUUCAUGUAUGUAUAUAUUUAUUUAUGUGUAAUUUAAUGGGAAUUGUAAAUAUGGUGCGUCUGUUUAAACUUCUUUUUUUUUAUUUAUCUGGUGCCUCCUGUUUUAGUGGGUUUGAAUAUUCGGUUAGUUCUUCAUGUGAUUUUAUGGUUUAUAGAAAACAGAAGUUUUUGGGGUAUUUUUAUUUCUCUGGGAUAUUUUCAAUUCAGCCCUCUUGUAGCAUGUUGAGGCGAAAUUGAAGCAAGUGAACAAAUUAAAUAGAAAUAAACUUCAGUCUCUCUUUCUCUAUCUAUAAAUAUAUAUCAUCCUUUUUUCGGUUUUAAUUUGAGACAGAGCAUAAGUGAGACCCUGAGGAGAACUGUUUCUUUCCGUGUGUGUGUUUCUAUUUUCGUUUUUAUACAAGCUUUUAUGUGUUGUGCCAAUCAGAAUACGUUUCACCCCUUGUUCUCUCCUUGAAGCACCAUAAAAGCAAUAAAUGGAAUAUUGUCUUUUUUUUUAAAUGUUGGAACACUAAAAAAAAAACAUUUUGGGACCACCUGGUAUCUUGUUAUGUCCGAUAAUGUCCAAAAUUGGAGGCGGUUUUAGCUGUAUUGUAUAGACAUGUGCUGGCAAUAGUUCCCAUGCCUGUCAAUGUAUUAUAGUCCUUUGUUGCCCUGAAAAAAAUAAAUAUUUGAUACGCUUCAUCUCGAUUUUUAUUCCUAUCUUUAAAUUUUUAUUCACUGAUUCAUAGCCUGGAUGGUUUUUUUUCUUUUUAGGUCUUGUUUUUUUUUUUUUUCUAUUUUGAACGGCUACAGUAAUUGAGCUUAAGUCUCCCCUGACAAUUGCUCUCUGCAAUAAGCAGCUGAACUCAUUGUUUCCCUCAAGUAUAAUAAAAAAAAUCUUACUUUAAACUCCCUAGUUCAGAGCACAGGAUCUUAUGCAGGCCAAGUGGCUCACAACAAUGGAUAUAUUCGCGUUUGAAGUGUGUGCAGCAGCAGCCAGCCUCCAGCUAAAACCCUCUGAGAUGUAUAUGGGCCUGGUGUGCACUGUUUGGUUGUUGCAGGCUAUAUUUGGCUCCAUCCAUCGUUUAUUCUGUGCUGGAGUCUCAUUCAAAGACAUGCAUCAAAUAUUUGUUAGGCUUGUGUUGUUUGCCUCUCAUCGUAAUCAAUGAACAAUCAGUGCACAGUAUGCUGUGUGUCUGUAAAGAUGUAUAUAUAUUUUGGGCUGAUGUACUUUCAUAACUAAUCUCCCUUCCCUAACUGCUUUUUAAUUUUCUGUGUAUGGCUGAGUAGCACUGUGAAUGUGACUGGUGGUAAAUUUGACGUUGGCCCCUUUUUUCCCCUCUGUUUUAUUAUUACUGUUAUUAUUGUCUUGCAGAAGUGCAGAAGGGAAGGCCGUUGCAUAACAUUUGAGCUGAUUUUGAUUGUGCAUUGAUGGCGUGGUGGAGGAUAUAUAGCUCGAAAUCAAUCUUGUCUGGAGCGUGAAUCAGUCCAGUGAUAGAUGCAUCUUGGUGUUGCUGUUUUUUUUCCUUUCUUCUUGCUUUUUCCCAUUUCACUGUCUGGUAACCAUGCCGCUUAAAAUAUUGUAACAGUGGAAGAUGGAAUGAGCGGAGCCAUAUAGCCCCACAUCUCUCCGUCUCUGUCUCCAUAUUUGUUAUCUGCAUGAUGCUCGCAACCCCCCCACCCCCUUGCUUUAAUUCUGAGGCAGUUGUUUUGCAGGAGGGGUGAAUGAAACCUAACUGUACAUGUCCUUGGCAUAAUUGCGAUGCACGGUGCUGGAGCAGGUGAAGCGGAGCAUUGUCUGUCAGGCCCUGUUUUUGUUGGCUCAGUCCUCAGAUUGUGUGUGGGAUCCUGUCCUCAGGCACAAUAGCUCACUCAUAAAGGGGAGAGAGACUACCCGGCUGCUCCUGCUGAGGUGGAUGUCGAAGGGGGGAACAGCAUAAAUAGUCACUUUAAGGGGGAAAACAAUCGUAUUAAAACAUGCAUUCAUUGGUAUUAACGCAAGAGGGAAGCCCCUCACGUGUGUCAUUAAUGCUAAUGUUAUUUAAUAAAUGCAUAAGGGGGUUUGCUGGAAUCAAAAAAUGGUUUAUGGUGAGGGUGAAACAAACGCAUUAGAAAUAGUGGCAUCUGCAACAAUAAUGGAAGCUGUAUUUGUGCGUAUUAUGGGGAGAGGAUGAGGGGAAGAUCGCUGGGCCUGGGAUUGUGUGUCUGUGCGUAAUGGAAUUGGAGUGGAAAAGAAAGUCCAAAUCCCAUUGUCUGAUGUUUGUUUACAUCGAUAUUAGCCGAUUAUUUGCAUGCGUUCAUUACGUAGCUGUAUUUUUAGCCUUUUUUUUUUUUACAUCGAACAGGUAGAGUUAGCUCCUUGCAAAUUGCCUCUCGGCGAAAGACAAGAGAGAGGGGCCUGAAAUUUGAAGAGGCAGUCAGAAAUACCCAGCUGAAUUUGGUUAAUUCAAUCCAUGACUGCUGCUUCUCCACUAAACCAAUUACAGCUGGUUUUGUAAUUAAUAGUUGUAAUGGCUGUUGUCAACUAAUAUUCUGAAGAAAAAACGAACACUAUUUUGAUUAAAAUUAAAAUUAUUUUGAUGAAAAUAAAAAAAUAAAAAUUAAAAUGUUUAUUGUUUUUGUGGUUCCCACUGUGGCCAAAAUAUGUUCCUGCCAUCAAAUAAUUUCCAUUUUAAAUACAGUUAAAUAAAUAACGCAUGCUCCGGGUAUUAAUUUUCAGGACAAAUUGGUGUUUUUCUGCACUCACUCUGCAAACAUAUGCAUUUCUACGCCAGUCGCGUUCUACUGAUCAUUGUCUAUCGGUCAUGUCGGACAACUUUUCAUCUCCGAGCAGCUGCACAUCACUGCUGCGCUCAUCAUUUCUCUGUAAAUGCUGUAACACAGCCAUGUUUGUGGUCAGAGAGUGUUGCAGCUAAAGCUGCUGAGAUCACUGCUUAUUGGUGAAAGGAGCGACUGCGUGGCCUAAUUAGCCCACAGCACCAUCACCACAACUACAACAGUCUGCACUGUAACGCUUGGAGGCAAUGCGUUGGAGCUGGGAAGAUAUAGUGCAACAAGGCCCAGAUUCUUUUUUUUUUAC